AUGGAGCUGUCCGACCUGCUCAUCAACCCGUCUAACUUGCAAACCGGUCGGAUCUGGACGACCAAGAGCCGGCCUUCUGCGACAGACGGCCUGCUCUUCACCCUUGGGCUGCAGCAGCAGAGGCGCGGCGGCAACGCGUUCGUACAGGUGGCCUUCAACUGCCGCUGCGACACGGUCGCCGCCCUCGACGAGCACGGGCAGGUCAUCUCCUUCGACCUGGAGCACAACCGCUACGCCGUGCUCAAGCGAGGCGGCUCUGCCGGCGUCGCCCUCGCCUUCUCCUCCACCCUCUCGCACGAACUCUUUGUGGCGCUCGAGGACGGGCUCGUCGAGGCGCUCGACGCCGCCAAGCGGGCGGCGGUGGGGCUCGAGACGUCUCGGGACGCCGAGUCGCAGGCGCAGUACCAGGCGCCGGGCGCCGUCCUCCGCGGCCACCGCGGGCCGGCCCACACGCUCGCCUGCCACCCGUCGGCGCCUCUACUGCUCGCCUGCUCGGCCGACCUCGUCUCUCUGUGGGAGAGCCGCGCGCUGCGCCGCGUGGGCACGCUGGCGGCGGGCUCGCCUCCGGGCGCGGCGCCGACGGAGCCCUUCGUGAGCGCCGCCCUCUCUCCGAGCGGAGGCCACGUCCUCACCUGCCUCCCUCACGCGGUGGUCGUCUGGCGCUCGGCCGACCUCGGCGAGACGGCGACGUACAAGCUGCCGCCCUCGCACGCGUCGGUGCCGCUGUGCUCGGUCACCGUCGACGGCAGCGGCUCGCACGCCGUCGGGGCGGGCGCAGGCGGCCUCCUCGCGCUGUGGUCGCUUCGCUCCCACCUGCUGCUCAAGCUGCUCGAGGUGCCGGGCGGCUCCGCCAUCUCGCAGGCGGCCUGGCUCCCUGCGCCGAGGCAGGAGCGGCUGGCGCUCGUGUGCGCGGACGGCGCGCUCCGCUUCGUCGUCCCGUCCGCGGACGAGGUUGUCGGCACGCUGCGGCCGCGGGGGGGGCGCGGAGGCGGGUGCGGCUUCCGCAGCGUCGCUGCCGACCCGCUCGGCCGCGCCAUCGCCGCCGUCUGCUCCGACGGGCGGAUCGCCCUCUACUCGCUCGAGGGAGGGAGCGGUGGCGCGGGUGGCGGCGGCGUGGGCGGCGGCGGUGUGGGCAGCGCGUUGCGUCGUGAGCCGGAGUGGGCUCAGCGCGAGUGGGCUCAGCGCGACGGGUCACGGCGGGACGGGGAGCGGCGGGACGGGGAGCGGCGGGCACCAGAGCGGCGGGCACCAGAGCGGCGGCAGCGAGGGCAGCGCGAGCCGGCUCGGUCGGAGAGGCUGGCGGAGCGAGCUCGAGAGGAGGAGGCGGAGGAGGCGCGCGCUCACGCGCAGAGGCUGCGUGGCCUCGAGGCUGCGCUGCGCGAGGUCGACGCGCAGGCGGCGAGGGAGGCGGAGGCGAGGGAGGCGGAGGCGAGGGAGGCGGAGGCGAGGGAGGCGAGGGAGGCGGGAGAGGCGUGGGCGAGGGAGGCGGAGCCUCGAGCCGCGGAGCAGCACGCCCGCUUGGACGCGCCUCCUCGGCCCUUCCGCGAGCGUCUCGCGGCGGAGGAGCCUCGACUGUCGCCGAGCCAUCGCGAUUGGGCAGAGGCAGGCUGCGGCGGCGUGAUAGCGGCAAGCCACGCCGCCGAGGCUGAGCAUGAGGCUGCUGAGGAGGCGGGGCUGGAGGUGGGGGCAGAGCCGGCGGCGGGCGGGAGGCGCGCGCGGCGCGAGGCCGCGGGGGUGGGGGCGUCGGCCCGCGAGGCGGCGGGCGCUGAGCUGCGGCGGUUGCGCGAGGAGCUCGCCGCUUCGGAGGCGGUCCGUGCCGCCGAGCUGGCGCGGAUCCGCCUCGCUGAGGAGGUGGAGAGCGAGCGAGCGGCCGAGCGGGCGGCCGAGGCGCAGCGGGCCCUUGCCGAGGGGUGGGGGCGCGGCGUCCGGGCUGCGGCGGGGCCGAAGCCGCCACCGCCGCCGCCAGAAGCUUGGGUUUGCGAGCCGAAGCCGCCGGCGGCGGGUUGGAUUGGAGAGGAGGAGAAGAGGCGUGCCGUGGUCGAUCCGGAGGCGGCCGAUCCGGCGGCUGCCGAGCCGGCGGCUGCCGAGCCGGAGGAGGGCGAGCCGGAGGAGGGCGAGCCGGAGGAGGGCGAGCCGGAGGAGGGCGAGCCCGGAGAGGGCGAGCCGGAGGAGGGCGAGCCGGAGCGGCUCCAGGCGCCGCGCCGCACUCGACGCGUUUUUGCGGCGUGUCCUAUGUUGCUGACGCGUCCGCCGGGUGCCCCGCAGGCGCUGCUGCGGACGCUGCAGCGACAGCGUGCCGAACACGCGUCGGUGGUGGCGCGAGGUUCCGCGGCCAUUGGCCACGCGUUGGGCGAGCCCGCCCCCCUCCCGCCUCUCUCCUCCUCCCUCGAGGCGGCCCUCGCCCCCGCUAUCGGCUCCGCGGUGCCACCCGCUCGUGGCACGGCCGACUCCCCGGCGCGCGAGCGCGCUGGGCGGUCUGCACCGGGCAGUCAGGGAGCCGAGAGGCGCGUCGAGACGGACGAGCUCCUGCGGCAGUACCGGCGAUCGCGCGGGUCCGGCACGCCGGCGGCCUCACCCGCAGCGGGGGCGGCGGGCGACGGCGAGGUUGCCGCGGCGGCUGGCACGGCGUGCGCGACGCUGCUCGCCGACCAGUUCGACGCGCACGAGGAAUGGGUCUCGUCCUUGCGCGCGAGCGCUGAGGCGGUUCACGCGACACACCAGCGGGCGCAGGCAGCCCUGGCGUCGAUGAUGCCGGCCGGCGCGGCAGCGACGCUGUCGCGCACGCCCAACAAGUAG